UUGACGAGCCAGUGAGUGGCGACGACGUGGACGAGUUUCUUUGCGGCAUCUGUAAGAGGAGCUUUAGAACGCGGAAAUCUUGUCAGUACCAUGUAUGGAGCCAUCUUAAUCCGGCAGACAGUUCCAAGCGUUUCAAGUGUCCCGCAUGCAUCAUGGCUUUCAGCACCAGCUGGGCACAGAAGUACCAUUACAAGAUGAAGCAUGUCGGGGCCCGACACAUGUGCUCACAGUGCGAUGCAACUUUUGAAAGUGAUGUAGCGCUUUCUCUUCACCAUCGUCGUACACACACUAGCUGUGCUAAGAUUCACACAUGUGAGUACUGCCUGCAUAUGUUCCAGCGACAAUAUGCUUACAGCAUACAUGUGAGUAAGACGCAUGGAGACGGUACGUUUGAGAUGCUAAGCCGCACUCCUGGACUCGAGCUUCGCUGUUCCCAUUGUUCCAGCUUCACCACAUCAUCGGACGUGGUGCUCACUCGACACCUACAAAGCACGCACCCCGAGGCCAAGACGUUUCGUUGCACCAUGUGCUCGCUCCUGUUUCAGGAGGAAAAAGACCGAGAGGAGCAUGAGUGGGCUUGGCACACACUCAAGCAGGAUCACUGUGGCAAUCAACUUGUCUACGUCUGCCACUUCUGUGACAGGCGCAUCACCACGCUGCCCAGCUUCUCCUUUCACCUUCGCCGUCACUUGGGUUCACACGAAAAAAUGUUCUUGUGCCCCACCUGCGGUAAACAGCUCGGCACAGCUGCCACACUCAGGAUUCAUAUGACAUUGCAUGAGGACAAACCAUGGCUUCAAUGCCCACACUGCCCCCGUCAGUUCCGUAACCGUGUGUAUAUGCGCAAACAUAUAUUGCGGUUCCACGAUGCACGGCUAUGCUGUACCUGUUCACACUGUGGUAAAAGGUUUGUAUCAAGCAAACAACUACACCAGCACCUAGCAGUCAUGCAUAUUGAUGACCUCUCACCUGAUGAAAUGGCUCUGGUCAGUAAGCUAAAGAAGUACUACUGUGAGUUGUGCCCGUUUGUGGCAUACACUUGGACGGGUGUGAGUGUGCACAUGUCAGAGCAUCCAGCGGCACAGUGGCUCAAAUGCAGCCGAUGCUCGUGCCAUUACCCAAGUGAGAUAAAGCUGAUGGCUCAUGAGGCACGGUCACACAAGACAGGUGAAAUAGUGAAGUGUCCUUGUUCGCUCUGUCCACGAGUGUUCUUCUCCAAAGCCCUAUUUGAUGAACACACUCAGCUACAUGCAAAUGGUAAUGGCAUCAAGUGCCUGCAGUGCGACAUGUUGUUCGCAACAGCUGCCAAACUGGAACGACACCAAGAGCGCCAUGGACCAACUAUCGCUCAGGCAUGUAAAGACUGUGGACGCACAUUUGCCUCAAUGAGGAGCCUGCAGAUGCAUCAGCGGCUUCUACACCUAAAGUGUACGAAACGACCGUCACCCAGCAUGCAAAGCCACGGUGGCAGCCAUGAGUGCCCUCAUUGCCAGAAGCAGUUCCGGUUCACCAGUGGCCUGCAAGCACACGUAGUCUACAGGCACGAGUAUGCUGACUCUUCCAGUGAGAACAAGCUGCCUUGCCCCAUUUGUGGAAAGAUGUGCAGCUCGCAGGGCGCCAUGUCAGUGCACUUGCGUAUCCAUCUCAACGAGCAGCCGUAUGUGUGUGCGUUCUGUGACCAGAGGUUCACUAACUUUGCGGCAGCCAAGGCGCACAGCGCUCGCCACUUGACCACGCCGAACUUUCAGUGCGACAGAUGCAGCAAGCAGUUCCUGCAGCGUAAAAAACUUAAUGAACACGUCCAUGCGGCACACUCUGUGCAACACGAAACAGAACUGUCCGUCGGUUCGAAUUCUGGCCAGCCGGAAGUGAUAGAGGGGGAAGCAGUGGUAGAGGCAUACAGUCAUUCUGUUGACACCGCUCAUAACUCAAUGCCAGUGCUACAUUUGUGAAAUGUUGUGACAUGAAUAUCUGUGUGGAAGCCUUGCUCAGCAGACUUCACAAGGAGACACAGCCUUUGUAAUGUUGUGACGCGUCACUCGGCAGAGCUGCGCAAAUGAACAACUCGCGUCCCAAACAACAACUGACUUUUAUUAUCACCCUUCCUCUCGAAGAUAACUUUCUCGUGCGGGCGCAUGCGCUCUCUGCACCGCACACAGAAGCACCGCUUUGCGUCGCCACAGUAUCCCCCCCUAGUGAGUGCGCGCACAACGGCCGCACUCGGACGACCCACUGCGGUUCAUAAGUUAAUGCGCACCGGAGGUCUCGUACACCGUCCACUCCGCGUAAACUGUUUGAGGACUUGUUGGGGCUGCGCUAUGUGGUCUGCCGGAGGUGCCUGCGAAGAUGGAGCUCGAGGUGGUGCAGGUGCUUCGCUGUCGGAGUCCACGUGUGCUGAUUUUAUGCGGUCUAGAGAAACCACGUCGUGACGACCACUUCUGUCGAUUGUAAUGUGCUUGUCUGCCUGUCGCAGCACCUUGAUUGAUUUGUG